UUUUAUAAAAAAAAAUCUAAAAGGACAUAAAAUUAUAAAAAUAAAAAAAUUAAAAAAAAUGAUUGUAAUCUCGUCAUUCACAUUUCCCGGGAGAAGUUUGAAAAGCCCUGCAACAGACCAAGCUCUCACAACAAUCACUCCAUUGCAAACACACACUCCAAUUCAUAAACACACACACACACAAAUCAGGUAUGUUUAAUCACUCCACUCUAUCAUCUUUACUCAACACUAAUCACAAUAGCACAAUUUCUAGGGUUAGGGUUUGGUUUCAAUUCACUGCUUCAAUUUCAAGUCUUAAAGUAGCUUGGCGUAAAGAUCAUAAACUAGACCAAGCAAUUGAUAAUGACAAACACUAUAGACUAUGUGCUCGUGUCGUAAAAGAGGUGUUAAAUGAACCAGGGCAAGUUAUUCCCCUUCGGUAUCUCGAGAAGCGUCGCGAAAGGCUGAGAUUGCCGGUUAGGAUUAAGACGUUUAUGGAUAGGAACCCUAGUUUGUUUGAAUUGUAUUUGGAUAGGAUUAGGCCGAAGGCGGAGGCGGUUCCGUUUGUUCGGGCGAGUUUAGGGUUGAGGAGGUUUUUGGAGGAGGAGGAGAGGAUUAGGGGGGAGAAUGAGAGGGUUGUGGUGGGGAAAUUGUGUAAGUUGUUGAUGAUGGCGAAGGAUAGGGUGGUUAGUGCGGAUAAAUUGGUGCAUGUGAAGAGGGAGUUUGGGUUUCCGAAUGAUUUGUUGGUGAGUUUGGUGCCGAAGUAUCCGGAGUAUUUUAGGUUGGUGGGGAGUUCGGGGGAGGGGAAGUUGUUUUUGGAGUUGGUGUCGUGGAAUGAGGAGUUUGCGGAGUCGGUGAUAGAGAGGAAGGCGAAGGAGGAGGAGAGUUUGAUGGGGAUAAGAGUUAGGCCGGCUUUUGAUGUGAAGCUCCCAUCGGGGUUUUUUUUGAAGAAAGAGAUGAGAGAGUGGAUUAGGGAUUGGAUGGAGCUGCCGUAUAUAUCGCCGUAUGAAGAUGCAUCGAAUUUGGAUCAAGCGUCGCGAGAAAUGGAGAAGAGGACGGUUGGGGUUUUUCAUGAGCUGCUUUCGCUGUCUCUUUAUAAGAGGAUUCCUGUCCCAAUAUUGGGAAAAUUUUGCGAAGAGUAUAGGUUUUCGAAUGCAUUUUCGACGGCAUUCACAAGACAUUCGGGAAUAUUUUAUAUGUCGUUGAAGGGGGGAAUUAAGACAGCUAUGCUUAGGGAAGCUUACAAGGAUGACCAGCUAAUUGACCGAGAUCCACUGCUGGAGAUCAAAGAUAAGUUUGUGGAGUUGUUGGAUGAGGGACACCGAAAGAGAGCAGAGCAGUUAAGGGCGCAAAGAGAAGCCAUACAAAAAGACAUGGAGUUGGUAGCAAAAAGGGAUGGGGAAUUAAACUGACAUGAUUGAAAACAAUAUCAUUGUGUCUGAAGUUGCUAGCUUUUCUUUCAUAUGUGCAAACAUGAUACGAAGUUUUGUUACAUUUUGAGCAAAGACCAUAACCAAAGAUAUUAGAACCAAACCAUGAGUUAUGUAAAUUCUCAAAUGAGUUUAAAUUGCAAAUCAGAUGAAAUCAAUACCGAUGUUCCGGUUCAAACGAUUGCGAACUGCCACGGUGUUCUGAAAAUCGGUAUCCUGUCCUGCAUACCGGUAAUUCGGACCAAACUGGUGAUUGGUCUAUUAUCAUCCCUUUUUUAUUACAUGAAAUAUGAUAUUGUGUAAACACACUGUCCUGGAUACAAAAUUUGUGAUUGUCACACAAACACUCGCACAAAGAAAAAAGGUCCUCUCCUCUCUAUUAUAUUUGUUAAACCGUAUCUGGGAAUUGGUUCACACAGUAUAAGUUUACCCAGUAUAGAUAUAAUUUUAACAAAUUCUGAAUGUAAUUGCAUAGUCUGAGGGUAACCUGAUACAUAUUUGUCAGUCUGUCUGCAUCUAGUAGUCUCGAUUAUUGUUUUAUCUUGGUAAGUAUUAGUUUUCACUUUUCAACAACUUACAAGUCUCUUAUAUUAUCAAGUACACAAUAAUGUUCUUAUCUCUUCAAAUUUGUAAAUGAGGUUCUAGUUUUGCUCUCUAGGUUGCCAAUUUUUUCUUCCAUGGGUUAAUAUGUAAUUGCCACUCUGCAACUGUAAGGUGUCAGAAUGUGAAGCCCUAAUCUGUGGAACUAAACACUGUAUAGUCAACUCACAACGAUGAGAUUGUAAGAUCUUGCUUAUUUUGCGGCACUGUGCUUGGUGUAGGACAUUACCUUGACUGUCUGCAUUCGUAAUUGCUCAUAUCUUGCAGAGAAGAACAAAAUUACUUACUGGGGACUAUGUCAUUACUGGUACAAUUUCCCUACAUAUUUGGUAUACCGGCAUUAUAUAUAUUUUAAUCAAGGCAACCUGGUUAGCUGUGUGUUUAAACUUCACAGAGCCGUGUUUGAUGAAGCCUCAGUUUGGAUUGUGUAGAAAGCUAAUAUUUUGAAAGGUAGUUUAGAUAUAGCCUUAUACUGACAGUAUUAGAGCAAACCUGUAUCUCAAACCAAAUGGUUUCUUGAUGAUUUUCUGAAUCACCUCAACCUGUCAGCGUGUCAACUAAGAAAGUCACGGCAGGGGCAAUGCUUUUUUCAGCUAUCAAAUGCAAGUUACUACGAUGAUUUAUCAGGUAAGAAGGUUUUAAUGUUGAUUCGUGAAAUACCUCGAUCUGUUCAUUUGCUGUUUAUUGUAAAACUGUGUUGUUGGACCAUUCACAUGGGGUGGCUUCGUGGGUAUUAAAUGCUGGAAAAGAAUAUGCACCAGAAACACUCUAUUUUGCUUACUAAACAACACUCAGAGACAUUAUGUAACCAUCAUGAUUGAUCAUCUAAUUUUACGUCUCCCUGUAAAGAUGAUUGGAGUUGAGUAUAUCGUCAUUAGUUAUUUCUUAUCUAGACAUAGUGCUUAGCCUG